AUGACUGUUCCUAAUCACCCUAUAAUUGCAAAGGUCGGAUCAUCUGCCCUUGUUCCUUGCACAUUCCAAGUAUCUGGAGAGGAUGUGAACCCCAAUUUACUUACUGUUAUAUGGAAAUUUGGAGGAAAAAAACUGUUGAUAUAUGAGAACAACAAAUAUAAGGUUUUACACCAAAGGAUAACAAUAGACAAGCAGGCCUUCAGCAAGGGUGAUGUUUCUUUGUCUCUACACGAUGUGACCAUCAAUGAUGAAGGAAGUUACACAUGUGUAGUGACUUACAACAGAGACAAAGAAAUGAAAAAUAUUAAAUUGAAUAUUCAAGGUAAAUAUAUGUUAAACACAAAACAAGAAACAAAGAUAAAGCUCAGAUUUUAAUAUGAGGAAAAAAAUCAUAACAUUUUCGUUAAAAGGACACUAUAGUCACAAACUAUUUUAGCAUAUGAAGCCGGUUUAGUGUAUAGAUCAUGCCCCUGCAGUGGCUUAAUUCACUGCCAUUUAGGAGUUAAAUAACUUUUGUUUCUGUUUAUGCAGCCCUAGCCACACCUUACUUGGCUGUGACUGACACAGCCUGCAUGAAAGCAAAAUGGCUUCAUUUUCAAUCCGAUGUAACAUAUGUUAAAUGGUUUUAUCAUCUGCUUUGUGAAUUGAACUUUAAUCACACACAGGAGGCUUCUGCAGGGUCUAGCAAGCUAUUAACAGAGCAGGAGAUAAGAAAUUCUAAAGUAACCAGAAUUUGCAAUAAAAGAAGUGUAAACAUUAGAGGACAUUUUAGAGGAAGGGUUUAGGAAGGUUGUGUAAGUCACAUGCAGGGAGGUGUGCUUAUGGCAGCAUAAAGAAAGUGAUUUAACUCCUAAAUGGCAAAGAACUGAUCAGUGAGACUUCAGGGGGAUGGUCUAUACACCAAAACUGCUGCAUUAAGUUAAAGUUGUUUUAGUGACUAUAGGGUCCCUUUAAAUUAUAUUACAUGAUCUAUCUGCUGUAGUAUAAAGGUGCAAAUAUUUUGUCUAUGAUGGGUUAUCAAUAUAUUGGGUAACUAAGUGGCCCUCCAAGACCACAGAAGAGCAUAAUGGCCAACUCUGUCUUACUUUAAAUAUUUCCCUUUUUCUUCACAGCUUCUCCAUCAGUUAAAAUAACCAAAACAUCACUGAAAUUAGAUAGCGAGAAUUCGCUUAACUGUUGGGUCAAACACUUCUACCCAAAAGCCAUUGGUGUGACUUGGUUUAGGAAUGGACAACCACUGCACAUUUCAAACAUGGACAAAAUUCAGAGGAACUCUGACGGCACCUAUAGCUUGGAAAGUUCUGUAAUUGUCACCCCAACAGAAUCCAAAGACUUACAACUCUUUGAGUGUCAAGUGGAACAUGAAUCCCUAGGAAACCCUAUUAAGGAUAUAUUUACAUUGUGGAAUAGAGGUGAGAGCAAUAUUCUACAAUGUGCUUCCAGAUUGGCAAACUGGUACUACUGUUUUAAAACUCACUGUAGGGUAAUAUGCAAACAAGGCAACAAGAGUAAAAAAGGAUGGUGGAUGUAUUUUCCAUCUCACCUACUGCCCAUGUAAUGCUUGCUUUCUACCUGGCACAGAAUAGAGUAUAACCAGUUCUCUUUUCUCCCUUAGAAGUUUCUCGCACUGUCAGGAAGAGAAUGCGGGCAAUGGAAGAGAUUUCCAAUUUGGGUGAGUUUUAUACUAACUGCAGAAGAAAAAUAAACUACUUUUCAGGGAAAUAGUAUAAACAAUAUCAAAGGCUUGCAGCUUCUGUACAUGGGAAAUGAAGGGAACAAUAGGGCACUUGGGACACCGCAAAUCUCCCUCACCUCACUGCAUUGUUGCCAUAAGGAACCACUACUGUAAGGAAAUUUUGAGUCUCGAUUCCAAGAAACUUUUCUACUUUUUUUUGUCAUAAUAUCUGGUCAGUUCUUUACAAUUCUUAUUUCUCAUUUUAGAGAAUACAACCAUAAGUGGAUAUCAAAUUAAGAGAGGACAUCAAAACGGGUGGUUAUUUAAGAUGGUAAAAAAAAUCUGCACUACCACUGAGCUAAUCCAAUAUUUUUCAAUAUAAUUACCAACCAUCAGCAAAUUGUGAGAGUACUUCUUCUCUUUCCUAUUAUAGAUCUAUUUUAGAAAAGGCCUUGUUACAACAAUGCAUUACCUUAUGACAAUGAAGCAGAGUUGGAUUUUUUUCUUCCUGAACUUGGACAUUUUGGGGGAAAAAUGUAAUUCUCUUAGUUCACUACAGUACCUGAAAUGCCAAAUACAACCCUCUUGUUAUAUUUCCCGUUUGUCUCAGUAGUUGCCUCCUAAUAUUUCUAUUUGGACACUAUUUUUCUCUAGAACCUUUUUCUCCAGGCCGCCACCGUCCUACCACCACCAUAAGUACUCGAACAUCAAGGUUCUUCUUUGAUUAUCCAGACUCCGAUGUUGAUAGCGUUAUGAAGGUUUAUAAGUUCAUUGGAGAGGAGCCUAAAAUAAACGACACUGGUAUGUUUAAAUCUCUGACAUACCAAUAUUUAUUGAGGAGAGAAGUGGCUUUUGGCACGUACAUAUAAUUGAUGCAGGAUACGAUUAUGUGCAAAGAGCUGGAUUUAGUUGUCAAUCUAAUGACUAGAUUAUGAGAAUGUAUUAAAGUAAUGUGUUAAUACAGUGUGUAAUAUUUAUAUGAAUGUAAUAUGUCAAUGUGUGAAAGCAUCUAUAUCUGUGGUGUGUUCAUACUUGACUGUAGUGUGCAAAUGCAAAAUCUAAAAAUGUAUUGAGAUUACCAGGUGUUUACUCAGCUGCAACAGUCUAUGUAUUAGGCAAUAGUGAUGCACCGAACGGUUCGCCGGCGAACAGUUCCCGACGAACAUAGUGUGUUCGCGUCCGCCGCAGACGGCGAACACAUGCGCAGUUCGAUCCGCCCCCUAUUCGUCAUCAUUGAGUAAACUUUGACCCUGUACCUCACAGUCAGCAGACACAUUCCAGCCAAUUAGCAGCACACCCUCCCUAGCAGACCCUCCCACCUACUGGACAGCAUCCAUUUUAGAUUCAUUCUCAAGCUGCAUGCUUAGUGAGAGGAGGGAAAGUGUAGCUGCUGUUGAUUAGAUAGGGAAAUGCAUAGCUAGGUUAGGGUAUACAGUGUCCACUACAGUCCUGAAGGACUCAUCUGAUCUCUGCUGUAAGGACAGCACCCCAAAAAGCCCUUUUUAGGGCUAGAACAUCAGUCUGCUUUUUUUUUUUCUGUGUAAUGUAAUUGCAGUUAGUUGUCUGCCACUGCUGCCAGCUUCUGUGUCAGGCUCACAGUGGAUACUGUGCCCAGUGCCACCACUCACUAUCUGGUGUCACAAUAGCUUGCAUUUAAAAACAAAAAACUUUUUUCACUGUUAUAGAUUGAAUAGCAGUCAGCGUCCUUAAAGCGGGUGUGUCAGGCUCACAGUGGAUACUGUGCCCAGUGCCACCACUCACUCACUGGUGUCACAAUAGCUUGCAUUUAAAAACAAAAAACUUUUUUCACUGUUAUAGAUUGAAUAGCAGUUAGUUGUCUGCCACUGCUGCCAGCUUCUGUGUCAGGCUCACAGUGGAUACUGUGCCCAUUUGCCCAGUCAGUGCCACCACUCAUAUCUGGUGUCACAAUAGCUUGCAUUUAAAAACAAAAAACUUUUUUCACUGUUAUAGAUUGAAUAGCAGUAGUGUUCACAGUGGAUACUGUGCCCAGUGCCACCACUCACUACUGGUGUCACAAUAGCUUGCAUUUAAAAACUUUUUUCACUGUUAUAGAUUGAAUAGCAGUCAGUUGUCUGCCACUGCUGCCAGCUUCUGUGUCAGGCUCACAGUGGAUACUGUGCCCAGUGCCACCACUCACUCAUCUGGUGUCACAAUAGCUUGCAUUUAAAAACAAAAAACUUUUUUCACUGUUAUAGAUUGAAUAGCAGUCAGUGUCCUUAAAGCGGGUGUGUAAGGCUCACAGUGGAUACUGUGCCCAGUGCCACCACUCACUCACUGGUGUCACAAUAGCUUGCAUUUAAAAACAAAAAACUUUUUUCACUGUUAUAGAUUGAAUAGCAGUCAGUGUCCUUAAAGCGGGUGUGUCAGGCUCACAGUGGAUACUGUGCCCAGUGCCACCACUCACUCACUGGUGUCACAAUAGCUUGCAUUUAAAAACAAAAAACUUUUUUCACUGUUAUAGAUUGAAUAGCAGUUAACUGUCUGCCACUGCUGCCAGCUUCUGUGUCAGGCUCACAGUGGAUACUGUGCCCAUUUGCCCAGUCAGUGCCACCACUCAUAUCUGGUGUCACAAUAGCUUGCAUUCAAAAACAAAAAACUUUUUUCACUGUUCUAGAUUGAAUAGCAGUUAGUUGUCUGCAAGCGUCUGUGUCAGGCUCACAGUGGAUACUGUGCCCAGUGCCACCACUCACUCACUGGUGUCACAAUAGCGUGCAUUUAAAAACCCAAAAACUUUUUUCACUGUUAUAGAUUGAAUAGCAGUUAGUUGUCUCAAAGCGGGUGUGUCAGCCCUACACCUGUGACAGGGAGGGGUGCAAAACCAAGGAGUCGGCCUCACUCCUAAAUGUAUACAUAAAACCAGGGGGCUACACUCACCUGAACAUGUAUAAAUGGGGUGCUGCUGGGCCAAUUUAUACUUUCUUCUCACUUGAUCUGCGAUCCACAUAGCGGGAAAAUGCCAAGUACUGAAAAAUAGAAUUGUUAUGUAUAUAUUUUGCAGAGCACUUAUUGGCCAUUUUCAAGCCAUUUUGGCUGACCUGACUCAGUUUCCCAAGUCAUUUACAUGCAUGAAAUCCAUCUGAACAAAAAAUGCCAUAUGAAUGAAUUUUAAACACCCAAACUAAAUGUUUCUGCUGUGCACAAUUCUAGAAAAUAUGCAAUUAUAGUUCUAAGACAGGAACCCUAACGAAAGUGUGCCAGUAGGUAAAUACAAAUUCACCCCGGAGUGUGAGUCAGUGUAAGAGAAGUGAGCGCCUGCAUGCGUCUGUCAGCAGAUUUUGGCAUGUUGAUAGUGUAUUCCACAAUAAACGAUAAUGUUUCUUUCUUUCUUUCAAGCCACACUGAAUGCAAUCUUCAGGACAGUGAUAUUAAGUGUGUUGGGUCUGACGCUCUUCUGCUCAUGCUAUCAUAUAUGCUGCAGAAUGUAAGUAUAUGUCAUCCCACAAUCUCAAACGUCUCAACUCAUUUCUCAUCUAACACCACCAUUGAAUAUCUCCCCAAUCACCUCUCGGAGGAAUACUUCACGUUUAAGUCCCCUCAUCAAUAUCUCUCACCAUCCCUGCCUUCAACAAAAUCAUUCUCCAUUCCACAUUCCCUCAAUAAUAACUCUCUCCAUAGAUUCCACAUUAUUAGUCUGCUUUCCAUUCUGUGUUUGCCGUCCUUCCUUAAAUUACAUCACUGGCUGUUCUCAUUCACAUUAUUGGUUUGCUCCCCUGUGCCAUAUUUUCAUUAUGCCCUUUGACCUCAUCAAUUACAUAUUUUCUGAUAUUGUGUUAUUGUACUGCCUUCUCUAUCAUAUAAAAGGCCUCAACCGUUUCUCUGUCACAUUUUUUAGCCUCCUUGCUCAUGCUCCUGGCUCUCUGAAAUUUGAGAUUCUUGCUAUCCUACAUCUGUCACAUUUUUUUUUUUUCUCCCUUCUGUUACAUUAGCAACAAGUUCUCUUCCUCUGUCAUGUUUGUUUGCUCCAGUCCAUCCCUUUUUCUUUUGUGGGGUGAUCAUAUUGUUUUGUUAUUUUUCAGUAACUAAAGGUGCAAAUAUUUUGCCAAGUUACCGGUAUUUAUUUAUAUUCUCUCCUUUUUCCUCCUACAGAUUUUGUAUGUGUGGAUAG